GCUGCCGGCGGCCGCAUAAGAAGAAGCCGACGAGGAGGUGGGGAGGUCAUCGCCUUCCUGGAAGUCGAGCUGCGGCGUUGCUCAGUUGCGGCCAUGGCCGGCGGUUACCCGAAGCCGGACGAGAAGAGCCUGCAGGCCCUGCGCGACGCGGCCAACCGCCUGCGCAUCCACUCCAUCCGCGCCACCUGCGCCUCCAAUUCGGGCCACCCCACGUCAUGCUGCAGCGCCGCAGAGAUCAUGUCCGUCCUGUUCUUUCACACCAUGCGCUACAAGCCCAGUCAGCCGGCCCACGCCAGCAACGACCGGUUUGUGCUGUCCAAGGGCCAUGCGGCGCCCGUUCUCUAUGCAGCGUGGGCCGAGGCGGGCUUCAUCAAAGAGUCGGAACUGCUGAAACUGCGGAAGAUCGACUGUGAUUUGGAGGGCCAUCCGACCCCUAAGCUGCCUUUUGUGGAUGUGGCCACCGGAUCGCUGGGCCAGGGCCUUGGAGCCGCUUGUGGCAUGGCCUAUACGGGCAAAUACUUUGACAAGGCCAGCCCGGGCGACGGGGAGUCUUCGGAAGGCUCGGUGUGGGAAGCCAUGGCGUUUGGAUCCCACUACUUCUUGGACAACCUGGUCGCCGUCUUCGACGUCAACCGGCUGGGGCAGAGCGAGGCGGCCCCGCUCCGCCAUGACACCGACGUCUACCGCAAGCGCUGCGAGGCCUUUGGGUGGAACACCUACGUUGUCGACGGCCACGAUGUGGAGGAGCUGUGCCGGGCCCUGUGGCAGGCGAGCCAGACGAAGGGGAAGCCGACGGCCAUCGUGGCCAAGACGUUCAAAGGGCGGGGGAUCCCAGGUGUGGAGGACGGGGACAACUGGCACGGGAAGCCGAUCCCUAAGGACAAAGUGGACUCCGUGAUCAACACCAUCCAGAGCCAGAUCCAGACCAAUAAAGUCCAGUCUAUCCUGCCGCCUGUGGAGGACGUCCCGCAGAUCAGCAUUGCAGAUAUCAAGAUGCCGUCUCCGCCUGCCCACAAGAUUGGGGAAAAGAUGGCCACCCGCAAGGCUUACGGUUUGGCCCUGGCAAAGCUGGGGAGCGCCAACGAUCGGGUGGUGGCCUUGGACGGCGACACCAAGAACUCCACGUUCGCGGAGCUCUUCAAGCAGGCCCAUCCCGAGCGCUACAUUGAGUGCUACAUCGCUGAGCAGAACAUGGUCAGCGUGGCUCUGGGCUGUGCCGCGAGGGGCCGCACCGUAGCAUUUGCCAGUACCUUUGCCGCCUUCUUCACCCGGGCCUUCGACCACAUCCGCAUGGGGGCCAUCUCGCAGACCGACAUCAAUCUCUGCGGCUCUCACAGCGGCUGCUCUAUCGGCGAAGACGGGCCCUCUCAGAUGGCCCUGGAAGACCUGGCCAUGUUCAGAACCAUCCCGGGCUGCACCGUGUUCUACCCAAGCGAUGCCGUCUCCACGGAACACGCGGUCUGUCUGGCUGCAAACACCAAGGGGAUAUGUUUCAUUCGAACCAGCCGCCCGGAGACUCCGAUCUUAUACUCCCCGGAAGAAAAGUUUGCAAUAGGCCAGGCCAAGGUUGUACGCAAGAGCAACAGUGACAAGGUGACAGUGAUCGGGGCAGGUGUCACCCUCCACGAAGCCCUGACUGCGGCUGAUGAGCUGGCCAAACAAGACAUCCAUAUCCGGGUCAUUGACCCCUUUACCAUCAAGCCCUUGGACGCGGAGACCAUCAUCUCCAACGCCAAAGCCACGGGGGGCCGCAUCAUCACUGUUGAGGACCACUACCGAGAGGGAGGCAUUGGUGAAGCCGUAGCAGCGGCCGUCUCAGAAGAACCCGGCCUCCUCGUCCAGAGCCUGGCCGUCUCGGGAGUGCCUCGGAGCGGAAAGCCGGCCGAGCUCCUGGACAUGUUCGGGAUCAGCGCCAAGAGCAUCGUGGCGGCGGUGAAGAGCACCUUUGCCAAUUGACGUUGCCACCUGGCUUGGGAGGGGGGAGAGGGGUCACACAGGUAUGGAAAACGGCCGUCUCUGAAACAGCAGAGGUAGCCUCUCUGUAAACAUACCGCACUAAGUUCCCGAACCCAAAUUGCUUUCACUUCCUGUUGGAAUUUGACACAUGCUGCUAUCAGGGGCUUUCCUUGGGCCUGUGACCUCGUUCUGAGUGCAAAUGACGCUUUUUCGGAUCUGUGUUUAAAAUCUUCUCCCUCCUCUUCCUUACUAAGAGAAUUCCAUUCCCAUGUGAGUAGCUUAACCAGGUCAAAAAGCCUCUGGCCGAUGGUAUGUGGGACCAAACAGUGUUUGUCUUACCUGAAUUCUCUGGCCCCUGUUCCUGGGCCUAGAUCUUAUCCUACUUGGUGUUCCUCUCUGUCUCUCGGGCCCGAUCCUCAGGGGCCAUGUUCCCCGGGCCGUCUUCUAGGGGGAGGUAAGAACACAUUGUUAGUUCCUGCCCAAAGAUAUGCAACUGAACGUCUCAAAAGCUCUAGUUCUCGCUGUGAUGUUAAUUCCCGUUGUUCUAAGCAGACUUGAAUGCGACCAAGAUAACUGCUCCUGUUUACAUUUGUAGAACUGCUGUUUGGCUAGUGUUCGUCUAACAGAUUUGAUUAAAAACCGAAAAGAAACCUGGAUUGAAA